AUGGCUCCUUCCGUGAUCAACGCCGGGAAUGGCGGCCGGUUCCACUCUGGCAGUGGCGGUGCGUCCUUGAGCAGCAAGACGACUCGCCAUGGCUUCAGGAGCAUGAUCAAUGCUGCUGCUGUCUUGAUGGUGAUGUUGCUGACGGCGUCGAAUCUGCCGCUGCAUGUGCUCGCCGAGAAUAAGCCGCUUCCCUGCACGUAUUCUAAUAUCAAGGGGUACACCUCGUCCGUGCGUCCUUUCAAGGGGCUGCGCCUGAACUGGAAGGUAGUUGGAAGCAGUGUGAAGUUUGACCUGCGCGCAUCAGGCCCCGCCAGCAAGGGCUGGUUCAGCGUUGGCUUUUCCACUGACGGGGAGAUGACUGGCGACGCCAUCACCGUCACUUCCAGCUCUGCCACGUCAGCAACGAUCCACGCGCUCACGGGCGAGAGCGGCGCCAGUGUGGCAGAGAGCACUGAUUGGACGCCCGCCAAGCUGGCGAUUAAGAGGAAAGGCGGUAGCGCCUCUCUCAAGUUCGAGCGCUCUGCGAGCGAUGGCAGCCCUGUGGUUUUCAACCCCAAGGGCAAGAACAUUCUCAUGUUUGCAUACAAGGGCUCGGCGUUUGACACUAACAACCAGCAUGAUGAAGA